AUGCCUGUGCUUCCUCGCUCGUCUUUUUCUUGCCCAAGCAGAACCAGCGUCGUAGAACCAGCCAUCCCUGUGUGCUACGUGUCGCCAACAACGACGACCAUGUCCAGCACCCCCUUGCAGCACAAGCAAGCUGCGGCCGAGCCGGACCCUGACAGCCGUAUAAGCCAAGUCGACCAAGGCACGACGGCCACGACCACGGCCUUGAAGUCUGCCAAACACCAACCCGCCGCUACCCAUGGCGCUGUGACGCGCCCCAACGUCGGCGAGUUUGUGACGCUCAGAGCUGACGCCGUGAACGCGCCGACGCGUCCGCCGCUUGAGCAGGCUGUCGAGAUGCUCCGAGGCGCCAGCGUCUCCGACGACCCUGGGAAUGCCGCCGCCAACGGCAGAAGCGGCAAGGACAAGGCCCACAGGUUCUGGCAAACCCAGCCCGUGCCGGGCUUGGAGGAAACCGGACAAGCCGUUCAGGAUGGUCCUCUCACCGUCGAAACGGUGGUGACCAAGGAACGACAACCGCUCAUUCCGGGAUUCGAGUGGGUAAACGUGGACGUCGCCGACGACGACGAGGCCAAGGACCUUUGCGCGCUGCUCGACGGCCACUACGUGGAGGACCACAAGGGCGUGUUCCGAUUCAACUAUAGCGUCGAGGUGCUUCGCUGGAUCAUGACGGCGCCCGGCUGGCAGCAGAAAUACCACAUUGGCGUGCGAGCCUCCCAGUCUCGCAAGCUAGUUGCCUUCAUCUCCGCAACCCCUGCCAAGAUCCGCGUCCGCAACGCAUCCUUUGUGACGUCCCAGGUGAAUCUCCUCUGCGUACACAAGAAGCUCCGGGGCAAGCGCCUGGCUCCCGUCCUCAUCAAGGAAGUCAGCCGUAUCAGCUUGCUGGCCAAUAUCUGGCAAGGCGUGUACACGGCUAGCAUCUUGCUCCCUCGACCCGUGAGCACUUGCCGAUACUACCAUCGCGUCAUCAACUGGCCCAAGAUGCAUGGCUGCGGCUUCGUGCCUCUCCCAACGGGUAGUACGCCGCAAUAUGAGACUCGUAGAUUUGCCCUGCCUAGUGCCACUGCUACUCCGGGCCUGAGGGAGAUGCGGACCGAGGAUGUCCACGCUGUCCUGGACUUGCUAGCUCGCUACCUUGCCCGUUUCCAAAUAGCCCCCGAGUUUACCGCCGAGCAGGCCAAGCAUUGGUUCACCCCUAGCAAGGCGUCCACACAAGCUGUUUGGUCAUAUGUCGUCGAGAACAGCAACAAGGAAAUCACCGAUUUCUUUUCCUUCUUCUGCAUCGAAGUCGCCGUGACAGGAACCAAUAAUGUUCUUCGAGUCGCCCACCUCUUCUACUACGCAACCGAGGCUGGCCUUUCCAAGCCGGUCGACGUAUCUGCUCUCAAAGUGCGCACCAAUGCCCUCAUCAACGACGCUCUUGUCCUCGCCCGGGAUGCUAAAAUGGACAUGUUUAACGCCCUGUCUCUCAUGGACAACGCGCUGUUUCUGGACGACCAGCUGUUCCAGCCGGGCGAUGCCCAACUUCACUAUUAUCUUUUCAAUUACCGCACGGGAGAUAUAGCCAGUGGCAUGGCUGGGGAUCGAUUGGACAAGGAAAACUUGAGCGGUAUUGGAUUGAUUUUGCCGUAG